AUGGUCUUGGCAUUCUCGCGGCUUCGCAGUCAGAUCAGUCUAACUGCACUCCUCCACCUGAACGGCAGCGUCUUUCCCUUCGCCACCAAAGUGGCCUUUCCAUGUGCCGCCGUGGCCUUCGUCCUGAAGUUGGCGCAGGUGGAGGAGUGGCCAAAGCUCAGUGAAGCCUUAGCCCAUGCCGAGAUGGAUGCCACGGUCUACAACGCCUUCUCGACGCUGCUGGGGAUCUUGGUGGUCUUCAGAACUGGCCAAGCCUACAAUCGAUUUUGGGAUGGGAGCACUCUCACGCACCAGAUGCGCGGAGACUGGUUUGAUGCCGCGAGCAGCAUCAUCUCCUUCACAAGGACCUCCAAGGCGGAUCGCGCCAAGCUCUGGGAGUUUCGGCAGAUCGUCGUCCGGCUCUUCAGCAUGCUGCAUGCAUUGAGCCUGGCUGAGCUAGAGGACGAUGAUGAUGAAGAUGAGGAUCGCUGGGCCUAUCGGUUGCGUGUGAUUGAUGGCGUUGGCAUCGACAUUACCUCCUUGAAAGCCCUGAAGAAGGCCGAGUGCAAAGUGGAGUUGGUUUUUCAUUGGAUUCAAUCCAUCGUGGUCACCAGCAUUGAUUGUGGCAUCAUGUCUGCACCCUCGCCGAUUCUCACCAGAGCUUACAGCGAGCUGGCCAGCGGCAUGGUGAAGUUUCACGAUUGUUUGAAAAUUGCGCGAAUUGCCGUGCCUUUCCCCUACUCUCAGGCGACGUUGAUGCUUUUGGUGAUCCAUUGGCUGCUGACGCCCUUCAUGAUGACCCUGGGAACUCAAAGCCCUGCGGUGUGCUGUGCCUUGGCCUCGGCUCAGACGUUGGGCCGGGAAGGGCAUCAGCUCUGCACGCUCGAGAACCCCUUCGGGGCAGAUGCCAAUGACUUGGACGUCCAUGACAUGCAGCAUGACAUGAACAACCGACUGCUCCUCCUCUUGGACCCCAUCAGUGCGAUCAUCCCCACCUUGUCGGGGAAUCAAGUGCAGGAUCACGAGCUGCUUCUGGAGAUGGAGCGGAAACGGGAGAUGCCAGCCUUCGACACCAUGUGGCGAAACCUUGCUGGAGAGGUGGAGCAAGGCGGAGACCUGAAGCGCACCCGACGCAGCAGCACCCAGCUGCGGCGCGGCAGCUUCGUGGCCAAGAAGUCGGAGAGCCAGGCAGGAAAGGGAAGGAGAGGAAGUGCAGGACCUGGGCGGGCGCAGGACCUGCGGGCAGGAAGAAUUUUCAUCCGUUUUUUUCCGAGAUGA